AUGAAGAAACUGGUCUUUAAAGUUACACAUGACAAACAUAAAUGCAAACUCUUAACACAACGCCGCGGCACUGACCGCCCGCCCGCCCUGCCGGCAGAAACUUUGCCGCCCCAGGUUCCUCGCCCACGAAAACGGCGCUUGGGGGCCAACUCUCCCUCCCCACCCGACCGAGGGCCGGCAACCCUCGGAAAGGACACGACCGGCGGCGACUGCAUCCCCGCCGCGCUGGGCCCUACCCUCCCGCCACUCCCGGCCCCAGCCCACUUGAGCCCCCUCCCGCGUCGCCGGCAGCGGCCUGGCGACCGGGGAGCGGUGGGCAGCAUCCCGGUGGCGGGGACACGGAGCAGGCACCGCCACAGCCGCCGAUGGCGACGGAUUAUCGUGGGGUGGGACGGCUACUUACUCCUUCUCCGCCAUGAUCAGCGCCGGAAGAGAGAGGGCGGGCGCAUGCGCGGGGCCGACUUAACCCGUCUGCCUGCGCAGGCAGGGCCCUGGGCGCCGGCAGGACCCCGGGUUUGGGUAUCCGCGGCGGCGCCUGACCGCGGUGCGGGCGCCAGGGUGACUGGCGAGUGCCUGAGGCCUGAUCCUGUGAACGCCUGCCUGUGCUCUUCAAAAUCACCCACCGAGGCACCGGCCCAGACACGCCACUACACACACGCGGGGAGAAGGGAAACCAGUGGAACUGGGGGCAGCAAAGAAUUAUCCAGCGUAAAAAGAGCGUGGGCAGCUGGGCCAGGCAUGAUGAACACCAAGCUCUGCAUUUCCUGGCUUGCUUUGUUGCCCGUUGGCAGCACGCAGCCCUCCUUGGUGGCACUGAAGAACGUUGUUGAGAACGCUUUGGACAGGAGUUGCAGCCAUAUCAACGCUGAUUUUUGUAAAAUAGUAUUACUUCACGCUAAUCGUGCAAUAAAACGCCUAUGGUAUCUGCCGAAGGAAGAGGUUGUCUGCACCUUCUCCCCAAACUUUUGAACUCGAAUUUCUGCUAAAUCCGAGAGGCAGCGUUCACAAAAAGUUCCAACAACUUUCCUGAAAACCGGCAGCUGCAGAGGGAAAAGCGUGCGUCAUAGUGCUCUUCGGCAAAUGGCUGCAGGUGGGCAGCGGGC